UAUUGUGAGUUCUGUUACUGAAAUCCUGACUGAAAUUUCGUCGAAGAUCCGAAAACCGGAAGUUCCUAGGAUCGAAAUGAGAUGAAUUUGUAUGAUUUCUCAUCAAAAUCAGUUCUGCUUUAAUGUAAUUUUCUUUUCUCAUUGAAAUUUAAAGUUUUUGCGAUUUGGGUUUUGUGGGUUUUCGUUGUUUAAUCAGAAAAAUCAGUUCUUGGGAAUUUUUGUACUGUUCUGAUUGUAAUUGCAUUGAAAUUCGGAGAAAUAGGAACCUUGCAUUUCUGACAUUUUGGGUAUUAUGGUUUUUUUUUUUUUGGUUAUUCAUGAAAAUGAUUUUUGAGAUUCUUUUUUAUUGUAAUUUUUUCAGUGAAUUGCAUUGAAGAUCUGAAAAUGGAAGUUCCCGGAGGAUUUGUCUCUCAUCUAUGGAAUUUGCUGGCAUUUUUUCCUUUUUUCUUGCUUCUACUAAUUCUCGGAAUUGUCAAAGCGGCUGCAAUCGGACCUGUUGUUUUCCUUGUGGUGGCGUUUGGAAACUCAGCGGUGAUUAUUGGGUUGUGGCCAUGCCAUGUCGUUUGGACAUACUACUGCAUUGCAAAAACGAAGAAGUUCGGCGUAAUGCUGAAGGGUCUUUUGUUCCUGACCUUAUUGAUUCCAUUGCUGUUAUGGCUGGUAAUGGCGAUAAUUGGGAGCUUUUUAACUGGCCUUGGGUAUGGAUUUUUUUCACCUUUGAUGGCGACGUUUGAGGCCGUUCUCGAAGGUGUCCCGAAUAAGCUUGUCAGAUGCUUUGUGGAUGGUACCUGGAGCUCCAUUUUGAGAGGUUGUACUCUCGUGCGCGACUUUGCAGAUGUUUGUUUCCACUCCUACUUCUCUGUGAUGGAUGGUCUGCUCGAGUCGAAAGGCGACGUGUCUUUAGAAAUCAAGCUUUCUCAGAUACCUGGAUGUGCAUUGGCAGCAGCUUUAGGAGUGUUGAUUGAUGUUCCUGUUAUUACCAUCCUAGUAAUUUAUAAAGCUCCUAUCAUGCUAUACAAAGGAUGGCAGCAGUUGUUCCAUGACCUUAUCGGAAGGGAGGGGCCUUUUCUAGAAAUUGUCUGCGUUCCAUUUGCCGGGCUUUUGAUUCUGUUGUGGCCAAUGGUUGUUGCCUUAGCUGUUUUAGCUGGUUUUUGUUCAAGUUUUUUCUUGGGAUGCUAUGCUGCAGCUGUUGCAUAUCAGGAAAAUUCAACAAAGAGAGGGUUGCUCUAUAUUGUUUCCAUCAUUUCCAUGUUUGAUGAAUACACAAAUGAUUUUCUCUCCAUGCGUGAAGGAUCCUGCUUUCCAAGACCCAAGUACCGCAGUACAGCACCCACUUCAUCAUCAUUUCGUCUAAAGCGAACUGAGUCCAAUCAUGUGAAGCAACCACCAAUGAGGACACCUUCCAUGAAGAGAAUGCAGGAGCUGAAAGCAGUUACGGUAUGGCAGAACUUCUUCAAGGGAUGUGAAUACUUUGGAAAAGAGCUUAUUGGGGUUGGUGCUAUUGGGAUAACGGAUUUGGAAGAAUGGCAACAUUCAAAGAACAAGAUUGUGAAUAUUGGACUUCCUGCUUAUACAUUCCUGCAGUGUUUUCUCCGCUCUAUCAAGAGCGGUUCCACUGGCUUUCUUAUGCGUGAUAAUACUGAACUGACAAAUGUUAAUCGGCCUGAGGGAAGGGUUUUCGACUGGUUGUUUGAGCCCAUGUCUGUCAUGAAAGAGCAGAUUAAAGCUGCUAAUCUACAGCUGACAGAAGAAGCAUAUCUAGACAAAUUGACUCUUUAUUGUGGCGAUGAAGACAGAAUAGAAGCUUGGAUAAAUGGUGGGAUUCCUCCCCAAUAUGAAAUUAGAAGAGCCCAAUUGAAGGGUAUUAGUAGAAGGGAGCCAAACAAACCCUUUGGGAAUGCAAGAAAUCAUGGCACAUGAUUGUAUCUUGAAGUUUUGACUGCCAUUCCUAUGGACUUAGACAUCCUUUUUUUAAACUUGGAUGUUUAAAGCAGGUUGCAAGGCUUUUCUC